CGAUAAACAAAACAAAAUACGGCAGUUAAUCAGUUAAUUGAAUUCUGGACUGUGUUGAGAGAUGUCGUCGGCCAAUAACACUGAGGAAUUAAAAAGACGUGUAUUGUCUAUUCAGAGUCAUGUGGUGCACGGCUAUGUGGGCAAUAAAAGUGCAACGUUUCCACUGCAAGUCUUGGGAUUCGAGGUAGAUGCCAUAAAUUCGGUACAGUUUUCUAAUCACACUGGCUACUCAACUGUUAAGGGACAAGUUCUCCAGGAGAAGGAAUUAGUUGAUCUAUUCGAUGGACUUGAAAGCAACGGUUUGCUUAAAUGUUAUUCACAUCUACUGACCGGAUAUAUAGGAAAUGCUUCUUUCCUGAGACAAGUUGCUAAAAUUGUAACUAAGUUACGUGCCAAUGAUCCGAAUGUGAUAUACGUUUGUGAUCCAGUCAUGGGCGAUGAUGGGCAAAUGUACGUGCCAAAAGAGUUACUUCCAAUAUAUCGCGACGAAAUUAUUCCUUUGGCGGACAUCAUUACGCCCAAUCAAUAUGAAGUUGAACUUUUGACCGAAAUGAAAAUCUCAACCGAAAAAGAUAUUUGGAAGGCAAUCGAUUGGUUCCAUGAGCGUGGCAUUGAUACAGUAGCAAUCUCAAGCAGUGAUCUUGGCAAACCUGGAGAGCUUCGUGCAUUUCUAAGCAAACGUAACGGUGCCCGUUACGCACUCAAUAUACCCAAACAAGGCACAAACAUUUCAUUCACCGGUACUGGUGAUUUGUUUGCUUCAUUGUUUUUAGCGCAUAGCUAUCAAACACCGGCAACACACUUGGCCACUGCCAUGGAACGUACAAUUGCUACAUUGCAAGCUGUAAUCAAACGCACCUUAGACGCAAUGCCUGCUGAAGUUGUCGAGGGAAAGAGGAAAGUGACUUCGUUUGAACGUGAACUAAAACUGAUCCAAAGUAAAGUUGACAUUGAAAAGCCUGUCGUACAGUUGUUGGCCGAACAGAUUGUAUAA